AUGACACGCCGCACGUACAAUAUCGCCAUGGUCAGCGACUUCUUCUUCCCGCAACCAGGAGGCAUCGAAUCUCACAUUUACCAACUCGCUACGAAGCUUGUCGACCGUGGUCACAAAGUCAUCAUCAUAACUCAUGCCUACGACGACCGCAAGGGCGUGCGGUACCUCACCAACGGCGUCAAGGUCUAUCACGUUCCUUUCCUCGUCAUCUACCGUUCAGCAACGUUUCCAACCGUCUUUUCAUUCUUCCCCAUCUUCAGAAAUAUUUGCAUUCGUGAGCGCAUCGAGAUUGUGCAUGGCCAUGGCAGCCUCAGCAGUCUAUGCCAUGAAGCUAUCUUGCAUGCUCGUACCAUGGGGUUACGUACUGUUUUCACGGAUCACUCACUCUUUGGCUUUGCCGACGCUGGAACAAUUCUCACAAACAAGCUCCUCAAGUUUACUUUGAGUGAUGUUGAUCACAGCAUAUGUGUCAGCCAUACAUGUAAGGAGAACACGGUCCUUCGCGCAUCACUCGACCCAGUCAUGGUUUCUGUGAUACCAAACGCUGUUGUUGCAGAGAACUUUCGUCCUAAGGAUGUCCCAGCGUCGCCAUCUCCCCAAGCCACGAGUUUUGGCUCAGAAGGACCAGUCUAUCCUCCACCUCAGCGCAUCGGACCUCGCGAUACCAUCACAAUCGUUGUUAUUUCACGCUUAUUCUACAAUAAAGGCACUGAUCUCCUCAUUGCCUCUAUUCCUCGCGUGUUGGAAAAUCAUCCAAACACCCGCUUUAUCAUUGCAGGCUCCGGCCCUAAAGCCAUCGACCUCGAACAAAUGAUCGAAACAAACGUGCUCCAGGAUCGUGUCGAGAUGCUCGGUCCCAUCCGUCACGAAGAAGUCAGAGACGUUAUGGUUCGAGGCCACAUCUACCUCCACCCAUCUCUGACCGAGGCUUUCGGAACUGUCAUUGUUGAAGCCGCCAGCUGCGGCCUUUAUGUCGUGUGUACACAGGUUGGCGGCAUCCCAGAGGUCCUCCCCUCGCAUAUGACGACGUUCGCCAAACCAGAAGAAGACGAUAUCGUCCUCGCCACAAGCAAAGCCAUCAGUGCGAUGCGUGCUGGAAAGAUUCGUACCGAGAAAUUCCACGAACAAGUCAAAAAGAUGUACUCAUGGCAAAAUGUCGCUCUGCGCACGGAGCGCGUUUACGACGGCAUUUCGGGCACCAUCCCUGAGGACGAGUUCUACGGUGUUGACACAUCAGGCUACGGUAGCCGUAUACGCAAUUUUGCUCUUAUAGAUCGUCUGAAGCGCUACUAUGGUUGUGGUAUCUGGGCCGGAAAGCUCUUCUGUCUUUGUUGCGUUGUGGAUUACCUCUUUUUUCUGUUCCUAGAGUGGUGGUUUCCGAGGGACAACAUCGAUAUAUGCCCAGACUGGCCUCGCAAGAGACCUGCCGAUGAUGAUGCAAGUUCCAAGAAGGGGGCACAUAGUAAUCGGUCAAGCACAUCACUAGGGGCUUCGAAGCUCGAAUAA